AUGGCACCCGUACCCACCGAGACAGCGGGCUGGACCGCGUCCGGCCCGACGAGCUCAGCCUCGGGCUCGACGAGAGCAACAACGCCCGAGCUCUCGCUCGUCCCCAAAACCAGAAAGAAGGCAUGUGUCGUCGGCCUCGGCAUGGUCGGUAUCGCUUUCAUCGAGAAGCUGCUCAAGUAUGACCUUCAAGGUGGCCGCGACGAAUGGGAGAUCACCGUCUUUGGAGAGGAGCCUCACAUCGCCUACAACCGUGUCGGACUCACGCAGUAUUUUGCCAACCGCUCCAUCGAGUCGCUCUAUCUCAACGAGCUCAACUGGUACAGCUCGCACGCGAAAGGCAAGCUCACGUACCACACCUCGGACCCCGUGGUGGCCAUUGACGCCGAGAAGAAGCAAGUGCGCACACAGCGCGGAAUCGAGUUCUCGUACGACGAGUGCAUCCUUGCCACCGGGUCGGACGCUUCGCUACCGCCUUACAUCACAAGAGACCAAUUCUACAGCACAAAGGGCACCUUUGUCUACCGCACCAUCAAAGACCUCGACGAUAUCAUCGCAUAUGCAGUGGAUGCGCCAAAGACGCUCGGCCGCCGCAUCCGCAAGGCGGGUGUGAUCGGAGGAGGUCUCUUGGGCCUCGAAGCGGCCAAAGCACUUCUCGACCUCGAGGAGGUCGACCAAGUUGUUUUGGUCGAGCGCAACCGAUGGGUUCUGUCUCGCCAGCUCGACCAGGAGGGCGGUACACUCGUCUUGCAGAAAGUUCGCGAUCUCGGAGUCGAGGUCCUUCUCCAGGGUCGCGUCCGCGACCUCAUUUGGUCCGAAGACGGGCGUCUGACAGCCAUGAUGAUGCAAGGCAACGAUGGCAACCCGGACGAGCCCUUCGACAUCGACAUGCUGGUCUUUGCAGUCGGCAUCAAGCCUCGCGAUGAGCUCUCCAACGAGGUGCCGGGACUCGAAGUCCAGAAGCGCGGCGGAGGCUUCGUCGUCGACGACCAGCUCCGCACCGGCGUGCCCGGAGUCUACGCGAUCGGCGAAUGCGCGUCGUUCGAAGACCAGACCUACGGCCUCAUUGCACCCGGUAUCGAGAUGGCCGAAGUCCUCGCUUUCAAUCUGACAGAGGGCCCCCAUCAUGCAAUGCGCAAGAUGAAGUCGCCCGACGUUUCGACCAAGCUCAAACUGAUGGGCGUCGACGUUGCGUCCUUCGGUGACUUCUUUGCGGACCAAGGCAAGAUCAGCAAACCCCUUCCCAUUUCCGGUGCUCCAAGGCGGGGCAAGGCGAGCGCUGCUGCGGCUCCCAUGACAGCGGACGAAAUCAAGAAGUCGGUCAAGGCGCUCACUUACCGGGACCCCUUCUCGGACGUGUACAAGAAGUACAUUUUCACGGCCGAUGGCAAGUACCUUCUGGGCGGCAUGAUGGUCGGCGAUGUCAAGGACUAUGUCAAGCUCGUGGCACUUUGCAACAAGGGCGCUGCUAUCGAGAAGCCGCCCGCUGAGCUCAUCAUCGGAGCCAAGAAGGAAGGCGAAGAAGAAGGCGAUGACCUUCCCGACGAAGCACAGGUCUGCAGCUGUCACAACGUAACAAAGGGCGAUCUCAUUCGCUGUGUCAAGGACGGCGGAGUCCGCUCGGUCGGCGAAAUGAAGUCCUCCACCAAAUGCGGCACUGGUUGUGGAGGAUGUCUCCCGCUCAGCCAGAGCAUCCUCAACAAGGCCCUGAAAGAAGCGGGUGUCGAGAUCUCCAACCAUCUGUGCGCGCACUUUGCCUACACACGACAGGAGCUCUACCAGAUCAUCAAGUUCAAGAAGCUCAAGGACUUUACUUCUGCCAUGCAGGCUGUUGGAAAGAAGGCCGACAGCCUUGGCUGCGAGGUAUGCCGUCCUGCAGUUGGCUCGAUCCUGUCCUCGCUAUACAACGACUGGAUUAUGAACCCGCAACAGCGACAGACGCAAGACACCAACGACCGCUAUCUCGCCAACGUGCAGCGCGAUGGUACCUACUCGGUCGUUCCCCGCCUGCCUGCCGGUGAAGUCACCCCUGCUGGGCUCAAGGUGAUUGGAGAGGUGGCUGAAGAGUACGGGCUGUACACAAAGAUCACUGGUGGCCAGCGCAUCGACAUGUUCGGUGCCAAGAAGCAGGAUCUGCCUGCGAUCUGGGAGAAGCUCGUCAACGCCGGCUUCGAAUCCGGUCAUGCCUACGGCAAAGCGCUGCGCACGGUGAAGUCGUGCGUGGGCAGCACAUGGUGCCGAUACGGUGUCGGUGAUUCGGUUGGCCUCGCACACGAGCUCGAGACGCGCUACAAGGGUCUGCGCGCCCCGCACAAGUUCAAAGGCGGUGUCUCGGGCUGUGUGCGCGAAUGUGCCGAGGCUCAAGGCAAGGACUUCGGCCUCAUUGCAACCACCAAGGGCUGGAACGUCUACGUCGGCGGCAAUGGCGGUGCCAAGCCUCGCCACGCCGAGCUCAUCGCCGAGGACGUCACGCGACGCGAGGCGAUCAAGAUUCUGGAUCGCUUUAUCCUCUUCUACAUCCGCUCUGCCGACAAGCUCGAGCGCACGGCGCGCUGGAUCGAGAAGUUCCCUGGCGGACUCAAGGGGCUCAAGGAGGUGAUUGUCGAUGACAAGCUGGGCAUCUGCCAGGAUCUCGAGCGCGAGAUGGAGGUACUGGUAGGCACCUACCACUGCGAAUGGACCAAGGUGGUUCGCGAUCCAGCGCGCCAAAAGGCGUUCCGCCAGUUCAUCAACACGGACGAGACGCAGGAGGUGUCGGAGAAGCUGUCUGAGCGUGAACAGCAGCGUCCCGUCGACUGGCCGACCGAGUCGGGUCCCUUGCACUUUAGCAUUUUGGAUGUUGCCAAGGAAGCAGUGUGGGAAUGGCGCGCGGUGUGCAAAUACUCGGAUCUCGACCCGCAGGUGGACUCGCCUUCGUCGGCCACGAUCAAGUACGGUGACACCCAGAUCGCGGUAUGGAACAUCCCGGGGCGCGGCGUGCGAGCUGCGCAGAACAUGUGCCCACAUCGACGUGCUUUUGUGCUCGCAGAUGGUCUGGUAGGCGAGGACGACAAAGGAAGAGAGUACGUCUCGUGUCCUCUGCACAAGCGCAACUACAUCCUUUCCGCCAAAGCGGAAGAGGAGGGUGGAAAGUGCAACGACGGCGACUUCUCAAUCAUGACCUUCGAAGCCAAGCUGGACAAAGACCAAGACCUUGUCUUCCUCAAGCUUCCUCCGACCGAGGCUCUCGAUGCGGUCCUCUUGACUUCCAAGUGGAUGCUGCGUCGAGCGACCGAAGAGUCAGAUGCUCUGGCUGGCGGUCAAACGCACUCGGUCGAGAUCACCGGACCUCUGGAUAUGGACCAGCUCGAGUCUUCAUCGGGGCCAAAGAGAGGCUCGGGAUCGGUGACAGCUCCGAUCAAGGCUUCCUGCGGAGAAGCGUCGCUCGACUGUUCGAUGACCAAAGUACGAGAGCUGAAGCCAGAGAAGCAUUUGGCGGGUCUGGGUGGAAGCGGUGGCAACUCGGCCGACGAUCCUGCCGCGUCUUUCGUUCUGAUUGGCGACCAAUCAAUCUGCCUCUCGAAGCCGCUGCGAGAUGCCGAACGAGGAGCUGCUUAUCAGGAGAAACGCGCGUCAGCUUUGAACGCCACACCGCCUGUCACUUGGAAGAGCCUCGCGAGCCGACGCGCAUUUGGACAGCUCUGGGGCAGCGCAGGAAUUCGCGCGGGCAACGGCAGUUAG